UUUUCAUCUUUACACUCUUUAGGGAACUGUGUCGGCAUUUAUAUACAUAUAUAUAUAAUAUAUACACAAGGCCUUUUGUUUACGGUAGAUUUCUCUUGAUUCUCUUUCCCUCUUCUUCUUGUCUUCUUCUUUCUCUGCACAUCGCCCAUCUUCACUUUUCAUGGCAUCUCCUUCCCAAGCAAUUCUUCUUCUCCAGAAACAGCUUAAAGAUCUCUGUAAAAACCCAGUCGAUGGUUUCUCUGCCGGGUUAGUUGAUGAGAAGAACUUGUUCGAAUGGAGUGUUACCGUUAUUGGGCCGCCAGAUACGCUAUAUGAAGGAGGAUUCUUCAAUGCUAUUAUGUCUUUCCCUUCUAAUUAUCCUAACAGCCCUCCAACAGUGAGAUUCAUAUCAGAAGUAUGGCAUCCAAAUGUAUAUUCUGAUGGAAAGGUCUGUAUUUCAAUUCUUCACCCCCCUGGUGAUGAUCCUAAUGGCUAUGAACUUGCUAGCGAACGCUGGUCCCCUGUUCACACGGUGGAGAGCAUAGUAUUGAGCAUCAUAUCAAUGCUUUCUAGUCCAAAUGAUGAAUCCCCAGCAAAUGUUGAAGCCGCGAAGGAAUGGCGAGAUAGAAGGGAAGAUUUCAGGAAGAAAGUGAGUCGCUGCGUGAGGAAAUCGCAAGAGAUGUUGUGAACCAUUUGAAACUUGAACUUGGAGUUGUCAAUCUAGAAGAAGAAAUUCAUCAAAAUAUCAUUCAAGUUCUUCUAUAUGGUGCCCUGUUUGGAUAUGUCAUUAUAUUAUAAUGGUAUUGGAAUUUACUCUAAGCCUGCUUUCUUUGCUUUCUAAUAAUUUUUUUUGGGAAUUAUUUGCUUUCUAAUAUUAAUACAUAGUUUAUGAGGGUUUUUUGGGUUACAUUAUUUGUUUUAUUAUACAAGAUUAUGAGUUGUUUUUUGCAUUA